AUGGCUCCCCUCACAAGGUCUUCUCGCACAUUGAGGUCGCAGGUUCCGCCGGCGCCCAAGACCUCGGAAAUUAUCAAUAUCGACGAGGACGGCGAGGAUCGCAUGGAGGAAGAUGACGCCUUUGAAGAUGAACAACAACUAGAGGAUGGUACCAAGGAAGAAAUGGAACAGGAUGAGAUGGACGAGGAGAUGGACCAUACCAAUGGCGAUGCUUCGGAGGGAGGAUCCGGCUUCCCAGUUUUGGAGCCCAGUCUGAAAUCUAUGACGGGCUUGUCAGGUAGAUCUCAAGACUCGCCGAAGCUGUUCACCGCUGCAGGCGCACAGGAAGCUCUUCACCCACUCCGCCGCACCGCCGACCGUGUAACCCGUCAAAUCGAGGCCUAUGCCGACAAGCUGGAUCAAUUUAAGCGAAAGAAUACAACCGACGAAUUUGAGAGUAUCCAAGCAGCGUUCACGCUAGUCGAAAGCUACCGGGAGCUUGCACAAAAUGGAAUCCAGGACCUCGUCAAACAGCAAACACUGAAGCGCGCAAAGGCGGGAUACCGCCAGAGUGGUGCGAACGAGGCGAGAGAUGAGGAGGACGUGGCCCGCUUGCAGUACGAGGCUGACACCUGGCGCCUGCUUCUCAAUCUCAUCAGUAUCGACGACCCGGCCAGUCGCGCAAGCUACACAGACGGACAACGAACAGCAUUCCAGAACCUACACAGAUACUCGUCAGAUCGUGAAAUCUGGGAGCAAUUUCUUAAUGCUGAUCAGUAUGCUCUGGAGUGUGUUCUUUCAAUGCGAUGGCUGGAGGAGACGGCAAAGACAGGACCCCAGGAUCUGGACGUUUUGAUCGCCGACAUGGAAGCACAGGCGGAAAGAGGCCAGGGUCUGUGGGCUCAUGGAUGGUUGUUCACGAAGGAAGCUAUCAAGGGACACAAGCGACUGCGUGCUUGGCCGCAACCAUUGGAGCCGAACGACCCGAGUAUCACACGCUCUCUAUUGAGCAACGACCGGCAACAGCCCUUGGUAACGCAGCUUGACCCGGAUGCUCUUACCCGCCAGAAGCACGACCUUCAACCCCAAGAUGAGUUCUUUGAGCGAGCCACAUGGAUGACUUGCUGGAAGAUGCUCAGACAGGGUGAGAAUUGGACCAAGAUUCGGGAAUGGGCACAGAGCCGUCUUGAGGGCUGGAGGGCUGUCAGUCUAUGUGGUUCCAGCGUUGACUCAAACACUGCCAAAACGCGGACGCCUGUUGACGAUGGAAUGACCCGAUUGAUGAAUAGCAACUCCCACGACUCAUGGCGUGCUGCUUGCUCUGCUCUGACGCGCAACCCGAAUACCGAUGAGUUCCAGCGGGCCGUUUAUGCCUUGCUCUGUGGUGAAUCAGAGCCCGCAAACUUGGCCUGCGGCACCUGGGACGAUUUCCUUUACGUGUACUUCAACAAGGUUGUCCUUUCACGCUACCGUGGUUUCUGUAACCAGUUCAAGCACAAGCUCAGCCACUCUCCUACAACCCCUGUCACAUUCAAACCUGAGCCAGCUGGUCAUGCCGACCUACGGAAGUUCAUUGAAUACCUACGGGGCAACGAGCGGGUCGGUCUCGAGGCACGCAAUCCCUUCCGCAAUCUCCAGGCUGCGAUUCUCAGCAAGGGCUACGACUCCUACUUUUCAUUAUUCGCCAAGGCGGUCUCACAGAUCAACAUCAGCCACUAUGGGGCGUCCUCUAUAGUUCCAGCUGUCAAUGGCUUAGAAGUAGAGGAAUCGUUCCUCAUCGCUGCAGAUAACGACGAGGCCUUGAGAAUGGCCGCGCACGUUUAUCUGGUUGUCAAAUCCAUUGGCUAUGCUUCUGUCGACACCCAAUACCAUGAGACUGCUUCCGUUAUGGUGGCAGGAUACAUUUCCAAUCUGGAAGAGAGGGGUCUAUAUGAUCUUAUUCCACUUUAUGCUUCGCUCCUUCCGACAGACAUGUGUCACAAUGUUUUCUCAAGGAUUUUGAUUGAGGUCACCGAUCCGCAUGACCGAAAACAGCAGAUUCGGCACAUGAAAAAGCAUGGAAUUGAUAUCGACGCUGUUCUCGAUACUCAAUGGUCGUGGCUUACUGCUGGUGUUUCUUCAAUUGAACAUUCCAGCGGUGUUACUGGAUACUCUCGAGUAGUGCGGCGACCGGACGGCACCCGAGUCUUGAUGCCGCCAAAGAAGGACUUGAUCGGUACUUCUAUUGCAGAUGAGGAUGAGAAGAUGAUCCGCAGUUUGGAAUGGCUUCGCUCUGCAGGUGGCCAAUGGGCUAAAAUCUGCAAGCUUGGAGCUUGGCUCUACCGCAAAUUCUUUGUUGCUGGUAAACUUGCUGCGGCUCGGGAGUUGAGCCAUCGGAUGAAUCUGUCACAUGUGUCACAAGAAACCUUUGGUUUAGACAUCUUUGAAUUUCCUGUCCUUGAUCACCUGAUUCAAGAUGAUUCUGCGCCAACUAGUCCAUCCAAGUCCAAGAGAAAUAGCCUCCAUCGCCGGAGCCUCUCUAGCAGCAAUGGGAUUUUAAGUCAAGACAGCGGUGCUUACCAAAAAGCCACCCGCAUGUACAACCUUGAAACUCUUGCCCUUGGAUUUAACGCGCUGGAGCAGUUUGCUCUUGCUUACGACCAAAUCUCCAAGACCAAGCGUCGACGGGAUUCAGGCACGGUCAAGGAUUCUCUACUUGAUCUUGCGUCCUUGCUUGAGGAAGUGGAAACAAAUGUGGGCUUGGUUGUAGAGGAAUGGCUUGUCACAGCCACUGACGCGGAAGAGGAAAGCGAUUACGAAUACAUUCGCCGAACCUACCUCCCAGAUCUAAUUCUGGAUUACCAUAACGCUCUCUACUACGCCAGCCAUUCACUCGAAAAGCCCUUCCUGCUCACACAAUGCAUGAAUGUGGCCAUCUGGGUCGCCAGCACCCCGCACCUGACCCGCAGCUUUACCGAGUCAAAGCGUAUGGCUGAGCUUAUGGACGCCCUGGCCUUGUCCAGCAAGGCUAUGGUCCUCACCGACCCGAAGGAAGAUCGGGUUUACGACAAUGGGCAGACAUUGGGCAUCUGGCGGGUGACUGCACCAGAUAAUGAUGAGGCUGUGUUCGAGCCACCAGCCCAGGUGGCAAGCAACAUUUGA